ACUACCCCACUCAACAGUCAACCACCGACGGGCUCGACCACCAGUGCCGCCAACUCCGCGAAAACGGCUUCCGGAACGCAGAUAUUAAUGCCGAGCGCUUCAGCACCAUCUACGACAGGACAGGCCAUUGGUGUCACACCAGCCUCUGUUACGUCCAACUCUCCCGGCGCCGGAGCUGUAACACCCGUCUCGAUCACAGGCCCUCCGCGCGCCCCGUCCGGUACCACUCCGUGCUGCGAGUCUGGGCGUCCGGUGCUCACUGACCCCAUCACUGGCCAAACCGUGUGCUCGUGUCAAUACGACGCCCACCUACUCAACUACCAGCGCUUAGCCGCCUCGACGGGCCUACCACUCGGAAUGUACGGACCGGCAGCCGCCGCAGCCUAUGGUGCAGCCGCCGCCCAGGGCGAGGGUUUCCUACCCAUACCCCCUGAACAGCUCCAGUCGGCCUUCUACUCUCCCACCGCAAAUGGCUUUGACUUGAAGGAGAACCUGGAGGCCUGGAGGAACCUGCCCUACGCGGCCGCCGCAUCCAUGUAUUAUCCCUACGAUGGAGGAGCACUGGCUGGUUAUCCAUUCGCUAAUGGGUAUGGCAUGGAUUUGAAUGGCGCUCGACGUAAGAACGCCACCCGAGAGACGACAAGUACUCUGAAGGCAUGGCUGAGCGAACACCGCAAGAAUCCCUAUCCCACGAAAGGCGAGAAGAUAAUGCUGGCUAUCAUCACGAAAAUGACUUUAACUCAAGUGAGCACUUGGUUCGCAAACGCCAGAAGACGGCUCAAGAAGGAGAAUAAGAUGACGUGGUCUCCGAGGAAUAGGUGCGACGAUGACGACGACCCCGACGCCAAAGACGGCUCCGGGAGCGGCAUCAACGACAGGGACGGAGAGGGCAACUCUCACCGGAGAGAUCGCGAUGAAGUGUUAGUGUCCGACAAAUUUCUCUGUAGUGGCAGUCAGUGCUCACCCCUAACACAAUGCAUGUCCUGUGCUGUGGGCUGCGAUUCUGAUAUCGUCGACAUUGAGGAAGACUCCAAUCCUGACGGACACUCCGGCAAAAGGCGUGACACCGGCUCACCCCUGUCCGACGUGGGCUCCCUUUCCGAUAUCGGCGACUCGGAUGCCUCGCAAUCGGCUAAUAAUGGGAACCCAUUGAACAGCCACUCAUCACAUCUGCACCCACACCAUACCAUACCCAUGAAUAAGCCAAGAAUCUGGUCGAUUGUGGACACGGCUACCAGUAAUAACAGUUCCUCAUUAUUACCGCUACCACCGCAUGCCGUGAACAAAGCAAUGGUCGGUAAUCCCAGUGCAGGACUGGGAGCCAUCUCGCCAUCAGCCGCUGCCAUAGCAGCCAAUAGAGCCGCACGUCUCGACUAUUUAUCUCCGUAUUCAAAGCCAGGCGCUCCUCACUGGUACAACCCGGCCAACUUCGGUGGGCCCCCACCCGGCGCCGCAUUCUCGCCUUUAUAUCCAUGUCCUCCCGGAGCAAUCAUGGGUCAUCUCACAGUACCUCCCGGUGCCCACAACAGUAUACCCCCACAUAUCGCGGCGGCCGCGGCCGAGUCAUCGCUGAAUAGGUUACGAUCGGCGGCCGCGGCAGUGGCCGGGGUGUCAGUGUCGGGCUCUUCUCAGGACAACAUCGCGGCCAUCAAUAAGACGAUCACAAGCAUUGGUGAGCGAACCGCCAACGGAAGUAACAUUAGUAGCAAAUCAUGACAAUUGUGAUCAUCUCUUAACUUAUAUUAAAUAUGAAUGAAAACUCAUGAAAAACAUUUCUAUAGUAUUUGGCCUCACAUUACACUAAACGGCUUAUACUAUAAUUGUACAGAAAAUUGAGAAAAUAUUGUAUAAUAUUGUGAGACUACUCUCAUGACAAGUAUUUUGUGGUUCACUUCAAUACGAUUGAUAGCAAUGUAUUGAUGUAUUGAGAUGUCUGUGAAUUAACUCUUUGUAAAGCAUAUCAAAUGUGCGCCUAUUUUGCAGUUAUAUGUUAUAUCCGAGUGCCGUCUCCAUUGACUCCAAUGACAAUAUAGUACAUGAAUGUAAUGGUAGUGGAAGUGAAUGGUGAUGUAGUCCAGCCCCGACAUCAUCGUUCAACUCAAUGCUCUGUUAUAUCAAUGAUUGGGUUUUACAUCUGCUAUGAGAAUGUAUUGCCUUCACGUUAAGGUCAGUCUAUUAUACGGGAAUUGAGGACAAGUAAUAUAAUUAUUAUCUAAAUUAGUGGAUGAGAGGGCAGACACUAUAACUAGAGUUGCCAUCAAAUAAUGCUCUAUUAGUAGAACAUAACACUAAACUCUAUACCAAAUACAUACAAAUAUACCAAACAGUUAUUAUAAGUGCACUAAUGUUGUGCACAUAAAUAGAUAACACAAUAAUAACUAAUAAGUCAUAUAAAGUACAGAAUUCCGUAUAACUCAUACAUGAAUAGGCGAUCGAUUGGAUGAUAAUUUGAUAUUAGGCUGAAAGACAUAUAAACUAACAUUUGAGUGACGAAUCACAGGACAUACAAAACUAACUUAUAUUCUAUACAUAAGACAAACUAAAUGCACAAAUAUUUGUGAGAAAUGAAUAAGUUUUUAUUUUAAUGAUUUCUAACUUUGUAUAUUUAAUUUGUUCGACACAUUCAACAAUGUAUUUCAAAUGUACUACC